AAUUAUUUUAUGACUCAUCUAUUUUAAUUCCCCUUGUUCAUUCAGGUAUUUACCAGCGCUCGUCUGCGCAGGCGCCGAAUACCAACUCAGCGCAUCCUUUUUGCUACAGGUCUAAGCUAUAAAAGUCAAGUAGCCACCCUUUGCUUUGAAUGCGUCUUGUAAAAGGUUUCUUGAUAGACCACAAUCAAAACCAGGAAAAGCCACAUUUCAACGAAUCAACAUCGCCUUCCAGGGACUAAUUUACUAUAACGGCGAGCUCAGAUUCCCAACGACUCCUUGAAAUGAAGCUCAAUUUCUUUAUUUCCACCGUGAUUCUGCUCGUUGUCUUUCUACCACGCUAUGAAUGCAGAGCCGCUGAAAUUCCGGGCGCUGCGCAACCGGCGCCUGGUCCUCAGUCUGAUCUACAGCAGCAAUCUCUUCCUAUCCUUUUGCGAAUAGGAGAGGAGUAUUUCAUUCGGCUCGGAAAUCAGAACCCUCUGGUUCCGAAGCCGAAGACGCCCCUCGAUUCGUCUUCACCAACCACCAACCGAGCCCUGCAGUUGAACCUCACGCAGCGUCUCUUGCGAGGAGAAGUUGGAGACAUCGCUCGGUUCGUGAGCGGCUACGCAAAGCAACUUGAUGACCCGAUGGAGAAAGAGAAGCGGUCUGAUGAAGCUCCAAUUUCAUUAGACCUGACCUUCCACCUCCUCCGGGAAGUGCUGGAGAUGGCACGGGCUGAACAGUUAGCCCAACAAGCGCACAGCAACCGGAAAAUGAUGGACAUUUUUGGGAAAUAG